GAGGUGAAGAUUAUGCAAUAGAUUAAAGUGCACCUCUACUCGUCUAUUAAUUAAAACAGUAAAAAUAAAAAUUCUGUUCGAGUCUUUUUUUCUUACUACGUACACAUUAUAGUCAGUCCAAAUUACAACAGCACUGUAGAAAUGGUGCAGAAGUGGAUAAAAGAAGUAGAAUGAUGGUGAAAAAGACUGAAUAAUAAUAAAACAUACUUCUUGCUAGUACAGUACGGUAAGAAAAAAACUCCCCACAGAUAUUAAGGGACUGAAAACACCACACGACAAAGUAUAGUACCUCUUAACAUACCCAAGAAUUGUCCAUCAUUGCCUUGACUCCCUCCCAAGGCUACCCAAGCUUUUCACUCCGCGCUGCCCGCCGUGAAGCUCCCUGUACAUACUUUAGAAGGCUCCAGGGGUUGUCUUAGGUCCUUUCCUGCCCCGCCCCGGACUAUGCAGCAGGGGAUGUGGUGUGUAAGAGCGAGGGGAGUGAGUGUGUGAAGAACUAUACCUGAGGAUGAAGGUCCCACAUUACCUGCAGGCCCUGAAGGCGCGCCAGAGGGAUAAUUCUGAGAGCAGGUCCUCCAGCCCCCGCGACUCCGGCCUUGUGGUGUCGUCAGCCGCGCCCUCAGACACAGAAGGUGGUGAUGCGCGGUCUCCCACGCACGGCUCCUUCAAGAAUUCGCUGGCAUUCUUCCAAAGGGCGGCGCAUCUUGUCGCCGCCAACACGAGGAAUGCAGCGCAAGGUUACCGGCAGAAGGACUCCCGGCGAAGGUCCUCCCGCGGUAGCAGCACCUACAGCAGCAGCGGCAGCGAAGUGUGGAGCGUCAACUCGGAAGACUUGACUGCAGGGGACUUGGCGGCUUCUGGGGGCGUGAGGGGGGACCUGGAUGGGGACCUGCUGGGGUACGUGGACGACCAGGGCACCUACGAGCAAGUCCUCUUCAUCAACGGACGACCACAGUAUCAGGAUGACUUCGGCUCGGGGGGCGAGGAGAGCAUCGCCAGCUGGUCAGCACCACAGUUUCACGCCAAACUCCGAGGUGGCAACUCAGCGGAGGUGGCGGACGGUCGCCGCCAACUCACCUCAGUCGUUCACACCUCCUCGGCCGUGGCUGGCGCGCCGCCCCCGCCUCCCAGCCCGACCCUGAGUGCCUCACCCCCUCGAGGACGUCGUACACGUCUGCCGGAGAUCUCGAGCAUCUGGUAACGCUGCCCCGCAGGAAGCCAUACCUUAACUUUAAGAGCGUGUCGUGCACGGCAGACCUGCCCGGCGUCGGUGGGGGUUUGUCCACUGACUUCGAUAAUGGAAGUCUGAGUGACUUUAAGGAGCGCCUUGGAGUGACCAGAGGCAGCGACCCGACCACGAUAACACGAGCACAGAGUUUUAAGGAAGGACUUAACUAUUA